AUGACUUCAUUGAUCUUUAACCAUGGAGCUUGGCACAGUCCAGAGUGCUGGUCCAAGGUGAUUCCUGCCUUUAAGCAACGAGGAUAUCGCUGCUUCGCCCCGCAAUUGGAUUUCUGCGGCACAGAGCAGCCCGUCGACUCUCUGGCAAGCACCAUUCAUCAGAUUCAGACACUCAUUGCCCAAGAAACUACCCUGGGUAACGAUGUUGUAUUGAUCAACCAUUCCUUCGGUGGCUCGGUGGGCUGCAGUUCCGUGAAAGGAUUCACUCAGAAAGACCCAUCGAGAUUGACCCCGAACUCGGGCAAAGUCAUCGGAAUCAUCCAGCUUUGUGCGUUUAUGCCACAGUCGGGUUUAUCUUUGUACGACAUGGUCGAUAUUACAAAAGUUUUCCACCAUAGCGAACCUGAUGGCUGGGAGGGAAUCCAUCAGGACCCGGUAGCGUUGUUCUACAAUGACAUGUCCCCAGAAGAUGCCCGUUACUGGAAGGAUUGUCUGCUGAAACACUCGACUGCCGCGUUCAAGGACUCGGUCAAUGUUUACCCUGGGUGGGCUGAUGUGCCAACUUCGUUUAUCUUUUGUUUGAGGGAUGGCGCAAUUCCGCUCCAGAUUCAGGAGGCAAUGGUCGAGGCUGCGAAGGGAGCAGGUGCAUCUAUCACAACGCGGUCCUUGGAUACUGGCCAUAGCCCUUUUUUCAGUAAACCCGAAGAGACCACCAGUGUGAUCUCGGAAUCUCUGAAGUCCUUGGAAAGUAAAUGA